GUUUAUAAUCCCAGUCGUGUGACAGUAUGAUAAAACAAAGUUUCUCAAAUUUUAAAAUGUUUUCAAAUAGCCGCUCUUUUGAAAGCUCGCGAGAUUUUGCGAGAACUGACUAUGCGCAUGCGCUAGAACACAUAACAACGGUGCGACCCUUGACCUUCCAUCAGAAGCUGCAGCAGAAAACCGUGAACAUGUCUGUGUUUAAAGACGUCGAUAUGGCCCCACCGGUUGCCGUUUUCAACCUUACGGCACGUUACAAGGAAGAUAAAGAUCCAGCCAAAGUUAAUUUGGGCGUUGGAGCAUAUCGAACUGAUGAAGGUAAACCAUGGGUGCUGCCAGUUGUCCGAACUGUGGAAUCUCAGAUGGCUGCCGAUUCUACCUUAGAUCAUGAAUACCUACCCAUUGCUGGUUUAAAAACUUUCACCGAAGCUGCAACUCGACUAGCACUAGGAGAUGAUAGCCCAGCUCUUUUACAAAAUCGAGCAGGUGGAUUCCAAGCUCUCAGUGGUACUGGUGCUCUGCGUCUAGGUAUUGACUUCCUGUCACGGUUUGGAAAAAGUAAAACUGUAUACGUUUCUGACCCCACUUGGCCCAACCACAUGGCUAUUGGCAGAGAUGCUCAUUUCACUGAAAUCAAGAAGUAUCGUUAUUGGGAUGACAAAACUAAAGCUCUUAACAUUGAUGGCAUGCUAGAAGAUUUGAGAAAUGCUCCUGAACACUCUGUUGUUAUUCUCCAUGGCUGUGCUCAUAACCCAACAGGCGUGGAUCCCAAAAAGGAACAGUGGGAACAAAUUGCUGAAGUCAUGGCGGCAAAAAAACUGUUUCCAUUCUUUGAUAUUGCAUACCAAGGCUUUGCUACUGGUGAUUUGGAUGCUGAUGCAAGCUCAGUCAGACUCUUUGUAAAGAAGGAAUUUGAAUUGUUUGUUUCUCAGUCAUUCUCCAAGAACUUUGGACUCUACAAUGAACGUGUAGGUAACCUGGCCAUUGUGACACAAGACAAUGAUAGUCUUAUGAGAGUUCAGUCACAACUUGAGAAGCUGGCCAGACCCAUGUGGUCUAAUCCACCCAAUCAUGGUGCUCGUAUUGUGGCUACUACUUUGAACAACCCAUCUCUGUUUGCUGAAUGGAAAGAGGCAAUCAGGACCAUGUCGUCGCGUGUCAUCUCAAUGCGUGCUUUGCUGAAACAGAAACUCAAGCAACUCAACACCCCAGGAAGUUGGGAUCACAUCACAGAUCAAAUUGGAAUGUUCAGUUACACUGGUCUUACAUCCAAGCAAGUUGACUUCAUAAUCCAGAAAUACCAUGUGUACUUGAUGCAGGAUGGUCGUAUCAACAUGUGUGCAGUUACCAAUAGCAACUGUGACCAUAUAGCUGCAGCAAUCCAUGAUGCUGUUACAAGCUGUUAGUUAAUUUGACUGGAUUCCAAUACCAGUACGAUUAAUACAGUAUGUGAAUGAAUCGUAGAUACCCCAACCAUCAAGUUUGUAAUCGCACUAGCUAGGUAGAGGUUUCUGCUUGCUUGUCACUAAAAUGAAGAAUUCUAGGUGUUGGUUGGGGAUGAGUGUAUAGUGAUGCCAUUACCUUCCAUUGUGCUGAAAUUACAUAGUGAUUUAAGCAUUAUGAACUGUAAUGUGUUUUGAUUGUGUGGGUUUUUUAAGUACCAGUUAAAUUACUGUUAGUUCAUUGUAAUAAGCUUAUCGAGAUUGUGUGUUUCAUGUGCAGACGCCCCUUUCUGAAUAAUCAACUGGUUCAUUUUAAAAUCACUUGCUAUCUGUGGUUUACCCAGUGUAUCAGCAAAGGUGGGAUAUAUAUUUAUUUAUGUGUACAGCUUGGUAUAUAUUUGUAUAAGUUAGCAUCUGCAAUGUAACACCACAAACCAAGAAUUCUAGGAUUGCUACUUUGUACAGUAAUGGAGAUAUGUAUACUUGUAUUACAAAUAAACCAUUUUAUGAGAAUCAUUCACUUUUCAUGUCUAAAUACAUUCUUUGUUGGCAAAUUUUUGCUUUUAUAUGUCAAAACCCUUUAAUUUCCAAUUACUCCAAUAUCCAAGUGGAGAGUAGAUAUUUCUGGACAUUUAUAGUUUGUGGUGUCUUACUUUCUAACUUUUAAACAUGACAUGUAUACCUGACAUGAAUCAUGGAUAUUUGACUGCUUCAAAUUUUGAAUAUCAGAACUUUUAAUUAAUGGAAGUUACCCUUGUACCACAACAUCUGAAUUGGCUGAUUAGCAAAACUUUGUUAUGGCUUGGUAUGCAAUAUCAAUGUACUGGUUCAAAUUGACAACUUUGACAAUUCUGUUUGUCACUAAAGCCAGGAUACAAAUUCAAUAAAUCCAUGGUUACUUGAUCAUUACAUGACAAUGAUUUAUACAGUCCUGUUUCUGCAAUGGUAUGUACUAAUUCAUUUAACGUGUAUCUGUUAAUAGACAAGAUACACGCUAUAUUGUUUCUGCUGACUAGAAAUCAACGGUUGCAUGAACAAUUGUAAUUACUGAUAUGUGAUGCAUGUAUAUUCUAAAAGUUGUUCUAUUUGGGUUUGUUUUAUAAAUACACUGGCUUUUUUUAUAGUUUUGCAUCAUGAGUAGAAAGUAAGCUACAUUUUUAUUCACUUCCACUGGUAACUUGUAAUUUUCACUUAAUGAAAUAUGGCCAUGUGUCAUGAGCUGAGUAUAUAGACCUGUAACAAUUCCACUUAUUACUGUUAUAAAACCCAUAUGUAUGAAAUGCUUGCAUCAACUGUGAAUUUCUGCUACUGAAAUAAAUACUUGCAAAGCCA